UUUUUCCGUGGUAGUAUGGUAUUACUCCUAUUACUCUCCAAGUCUUUUUCUCUCUCUCUCUGGCCUUCUAGUCUUCUCUCGGUGCGCGCGCGAAGGUGGUCGUGGUGGUACGAUGGAGGACGGGGAGCAUAACGAUAACGGCGGGGGGAGCGGCCACAACGUGGUGGACAUCUACCCUCUGAGCCGUUACUACUUCAGCUCGAAGGACGCUAUCCCGGAGAAAGACGACUCCUUGGCCGACAGGAUCCAGCGGUUGAAAGCCAGCUACGCGGCUCAUGGGUUGAGGACUUGCGUCGAAGGGGUUCUUCUGGUUGAAUUGUUUCAACACCCUCAUGUGUUAUUGUUGCAAGUGAAAAACUCAUUCUUUAAGCUUCCUGGAGGUCGGCUGAGACCUGGUGAAUCAGAUAUUGAAGGAUUGAAACGCAAGCUUUCAAGAAAGCUCUCCCUUGACGAAAGCUGCGUAAAUGAUGAGUGGCAGGUAGAUGAAUGCAUUGGAAUUUGGUGGAGGUCUGAGUUUGAGACUCUGCCAUUUCCAUAUUUGCCACCUAAUACACACAGACCUAAGGAAUGCGCGAAGCUUUUCUUGGUUAGGCUGCCAAGGAACCGGCAAUUUGUUGUACCAAAAAACUUGAAGCUGCUUGCAGUUCCAUUAUGCCAGAUACAUGAUAAUUCGAAGACAUAUGGUCCUAUAAUCUCUGGAAUUCCGCAUCUACUUUCGAAAUUCUACUUCAAUACCAUCCAUGAUUGAAGCAGAGCUAAUAAUAUUUGGUCCGUGCAUGCAUGGAGUAUAUGGGUAAAUUGCUAAAGUGCAGAAGAGAAGAUACUGGACCAAGGAUCCGUAUAUAUUUGUUGAUAUGUCUUUGUAGGUCCUUGAGAGUCGAAAGGUGAGAUAUGAUCCUCUUCACAUCUUUUGUUGAUUGCCAUAUAUUAACUAAAGAAGACUUGAAACUGUUUUGUGGUAGCAAACACUCACUACAUUUGAGUAUAUUUUGAUAUCAGAUUUUUUGAUGCAACCAUAAAGAUUGGCUGGUGAGGCUUGU